UUCCAGCCGAGGAGGAGCUGCACGUGGGGGUAAAAAUCUACCUCUCUCUUUUCUUAUCUUUUUUUUUCUCCACAAUGCAACUGGGAUAGAUUAUGAGCCGUCGGAAGAAGCUCUUCAUGGACUGUGAGUUAUUGACUUGAGAAUACCUGAUAAAUAAAUGCCACCUGCAUGAAACCUGCAUGAACAAAUAAGGAAAAAAAUCCCAUUUUCAGCUGGGAAAACAGCUGUGUUGGCAUCCUCAGCUUUGCAAAAAGUUGCAAGGCAUCCACUGUCCAAUCUCGGGGGAAAGCCCUUAAGGGACCCCAGAAUCGGACAUCAGCAUUGCAAUCCUCAACAAAGGGAGAAGCCAAAGACUACUUGCUCCAACAUUACUCCACGGUGGUACGCCCUCUGGCGGCCAAGCUGCAAACGACAGUCCUGUAUUCAAGCUACCAGCAUGCAAUGCACCCUAGUGGUCAAAGAGUAAAUUGCACUGCCAUCUCUUCAAGAGUCCAGAAAAUUCCCUUGGCCAAUCCUAGCGCAUGCAGCGCACCCUAGUGGUCGAAGAGUGAAUUGCACUGACGUCUCUUCAAGUGUCCAGAUAAUUCCCGUUGCCAAUCCUAGCGCAUGCAAUGCACCCUAGUGGUCGAAGAGUAAAUUGCACUGCCAUCUCUUCAAGUGUCCAGAAAAUUCCCCGAGUCUUCCGUAGUCAUGGCAGAGGCCUCUAAACGUGCCAGAAGAGCUGCCCCUCCCAACUAACCUUGACACAAAUGGAGAACCCGCUGUCCAAAAUCCAGAAAAGGCAGAAACAUCUCGGAAACCUUAUGGCUUGUGGCAACAAAGAAAGAUUACUGAAGUCGCGCAGUCCAGCCUGUGGGAAGAUUGGGACACAUACGAAUGUGCCCAUGAUCGAUCCUGGGAGACAUUGCUGCGUCUCCGCAACACGCCCAAAGAGGAGCUCUCCCCUGAACUCAUCCGCUCAUUGGAGGAAAGGAUGGAGGGCUGUACAUAACAGGGAAAGCUUGUGUGCACAACCUCACCUGCUGUUCUGUCCCCGUCUCACACACGCACACAAACAGACAGUCGGGGGUUAAAUAAACUGGCAGACAAUCAAUUCUUCCGAUAAGAUGCUUGGCAGCAACCCAGUAGCUGCUUGCCAAGAACUUUACUCAAUAAACAAAAUACCCACAGUCAAGAAUUGUCCAGUUCGUAAAAUAAAUCCAAGGCCGAUAAUGUUGUUUCCAAAGAUGCAAUGUGACUCGAUAGUAGUUAGUUUUGUCCGUCACAGAGUCUGAAUGGCCACCUCACCCCCUUUUAUACCCUGUGGGGUGUGGUCCAGUGACUCAGCCUAAUCUCUGGCAUGCCUUUUCUUCCGUUGCGUGCACUUAUCUCUGCGACGUUGGCGUGGAUCCAGCCAAGACUCAUUACCCUCAUCACUGUCCACCUGUGGCUGCGUGGAUGUGCUUGGCCCCGGCCCUAUCUCUUGCCCUUCGGCGGACACCGAAGGCAUUGCCAGAGAGGAGGGUCCUGGAGAGGGAGGCCUUGCCAACUCCUCUCCUUCACUCUCGGACUCCUCUCCUGCGAUGACACAGGCUCAGGUAACAGAGCCAAAACACCUGCAUCCAGCCGCAGUUAAUAGGCCCAGGGCUCAAAGAGGACAUACGACACCUCAAGAGGAUAAACAAAGAUUGCGAGGCGCUCUUUCAAAGCAAGUUCUUUCAAGGCAAGGAGGACUUUCCCCAAACAGAUCUUCAGGCGGAGGACACACUGAGCGAGAAGGCUGAGUCCAAAGUGACCCAUCGUUCACAUGCGCCAUCCCAGCGGUCGCAUGUGGCCUCCUCUCGCUCGUCUAAAAAGAAUCAGAUUAGCCUAUCGGCAACAGCGAAGGCUUCUCAGCAGGUAGGCACACAAGAAGCCGCAAUUCCCAAGCUCAAUGUAAAGGCAAGGGAAUUCCUGCCAGGCAUUCAAGGCUACUCGAGCACGGACAUCGAUCCACCUGCCUGGCAGCGAGGAGAACAACCUCCGUCCGUGUCAUGGAAAAUUGACCUUGUCACGAUGUACUCUGCAGAAAACUACCAGCUGUCUUUGGCACACACCCCUACUCCUGACGGCUAUGCUUGCCGGGACCCACGGGAAGCCCCUGGUACUGCUGCUGUCAACUCCAUAGGGUACGUCGUACCGCCUUCCCCUGACUACAGUUCCUGUGUAGCCACAAUGGAUCCUCCAACAUCCAGGAGAAGAAAAAGAGGACAGUUACCCCGGCGGGAUUUGGCAUCUAGUGGUGUGCACAAAUUCUCUGACAAACCGGGCAGAGAGUAUUUACUGUGGAAGCAUCUCUUUAGAAACAUCCUCAUUAAUGACGGAGGGUUGCGGCCAGCUGAAGAGCUCAAACAGAUGAUUGCAUGGCUAGGACCAGCAUCUGCAGAAGUAGUAAGAGACAUCUACUCAGCCCAACUAGGUAACCCAGUCACCGCUCUCAGCCGAUCUUGGGAUCUGCUUGAUCAACGGUAUGGCGCAUCUACAUUGACGGAAUCCUCGCUUUUAGAUCGUAUCAACGACUUCCCGGAUAUCAGUCUCAGCGAACCUCGCGCGUCAGUCUGUGGUGACUCACCAUCCCGUCGCUCUUGCCACUGGAUCAGCUUAGCUAAAGUCUACCCCGAAGGACGCCCCGAAGAAGCUGUGAAAAUGUAUGUAAUAGUGGGCACGCAAAGCAAUCAAUCGUUAGCCAGGUCAGCAUUCUUCGACCUCUUUUGAUGUCCAAAGUGAGGAAACACACUUCACGAUAUCAAUGUGCACCGGGCACCAGCACACGGCAGGGAGGAAAGUCACUGGAUUCUGGAUAGAACCAUUAGAUGGGAGUGCACGGUUCCAACUGCCGGCUGUCAGAUUUCAGUGUCGUCUCAAAUAAAUUGCAUUUCCAAACAAA